UAAAGAAAAAUAGAGACUCUGGUGUUUGCCCAUUUGCUUUCUGAUCUCGCGCACUCUCGCUCUCACUCAAAAUUCUCAAUUCAUCACCUUCUUCUUCGUUCGCAAAUCAUAAAUUAGGGUUGCAAAUGUCGGCAUCUUCGGUCUCUAUUAUGGCCACGAACCCGGAAGCGCGUCAGCGCGCGGUCAAGAAGGUCACCACCGCCAUCGAAAUGCUCCCCACUGAUGUCGCCGUCUCACCCGCCGGGACUGCCGGGGAAGGAAGGCAACCUUCCUCCGUCCGAGAAGGCCACGACCUCAGCCACCAAUCGAUCCGUACCGGUGCCGUUCUCCGCCGAACUUCAAACGAUUUGGUCCCAGCGAAGAAGGCCUCCGCUGGAGGCGGCGAUUCCACCGCCGCGCCGCAACGGCGGACCCGGAAGCUCGUCCCGAAGGCUAAGAAGCCGCGGUGGCUGACGGUGCUGAGCGUCAUGGGCAAGAAUAUCGGGCUUCUGAUUGUUGUUUGGUGCUUGGUUCAGUUGAUUCGAAUGUUCAUGGCGAAGUCCAGCAACGCUGGCAUGGUUUCCGGAGACGGUGCUGGCGUAGCUGGCGGUUACGCCUUGGCAGAAUUCGAGGGCAGGAUCGCCGACAUUGACGAUCUGCUGAGGAUGGUACAGAAGCGGGUGGAUGUUGUGGACAAGAAAAUUGAGGAGAAGGGCGCUGCUUUGGAGAAGGAGUUGAAGAAAUUGGAGAGAUUGGAGAAACUUGAAGCGGCGAGUAAGAAAUUGGAAGGGAAUUUGGCUACAUUGAAGGCAAAAGAUUGGAUUCAAAAGGGAGAGCUUGAUAAGGUUGUUGAGGGUUUGAAGAAAGUGAAGGCAAGUGGGGGUUUGGAUAUAGAUGAAGUGAAGGAAUUCGCGAGGAAGAUGAUUGAGGAAGGGAUUGAUAAGCAUGCUGCUGAUGGGAUUGGGAUGGUGGACUAUGCAUUGGCGAGUGGUGGCGCCGCCGUCGUGAAGCAUUCGGAGCCGUUUGAUGUGGGAGGGAGAGGGAACUGGUUCUCGUUGUCUGCUAAGAAUGGUGUUCACCCCAAUGCCGAAAAGAUGUUGAAACCGAGCUUUGGCGAACCGGGGCAGUGCUUUCCAUUGAAAGACAGUAGCGGGUUUGUUCAGAUCAGGUUGAGGACUGCCAUCGUCCCUGAGGCCAUCACAUUGGAGCAUGUUGCAAAGCGGGGUUUUGGAGGUUUUUUUCAAUCACUCAAAAACCUCAUUUUCAGGCUACCCAAAUUUGAGAGCGUUGCAUAUGACAGAUCAAGUGCUCCAAAAGACUGCAGGAUCUCCGGUUGGCUACAGGGGCGUAAUAUGGAUUCCGUUAUUCAUCCAGAGAGGAUGUUUCUCCUAUCAGAAUUCACAUAUGACCUUGACAAGAGCCACGCUCAAACUUUCAAGUUGCUGGACUCGGCAAGUUCUGUUGUUGUCGACACAGUACGGCUCGAUUUUACCUCAAACCAUGGAAGCCCUUCACACACUUGUAUAUAUCGCUUGAGGGUUCAUGGUCACGAGCCCGAAAUAGUUUCAAUGAUGGCUACACAAUCAUUAUAAUGCAUAUCUUAUUUGCUUGGAAUUUGAUCAAAUGCCCGUGUAAUUUUGUUAAUGUUCAAGUAUUAUUUGUUCAGAUAGAGAUUAGGAAGGACUCUGUUAUUGCACUAAUGGUCCUUACAGUGUUUCUGCUUCAGAUUGAUUUUGUAUGUAGUGUAAGAUCCCUGAGUUAGGUAGAUGGUUGAUUGAGUAUCGCGAACUUUCGUUAAUGUGUCUUAUUUAACCUUUCGUUCAACGAUGAGCCAAAUUAGCCAUCAAAGUUAAGCCACUUCUUUACUAA